GGGCUGGUCUCCCCGGGCGAGAGGCUGCCGCCCGACUUUGUGCCAACACUCGUGCAGAACCUGCUGGGAGAGAUGCCUCUGUGGAUCUGUCAGAGCUGCCGCAAGAGCGUGGAAGAAGAGGAGCGCAGGGCAGUUCAAGAGCAGGCGCUGGCGGUCUCAUUAUCGCACACGUCCUGCAAGUUCCAGUCAUGCGGAAGCGGCUUGCACUCCUCCUCCUCCUCCUCUUCCUCCUCCUCUUCCUCCUCCUCGUCGUCGUCCUCGUCGUCGUCCUCCUCCUCCUCCUGCCAUGGGAACUCAGGAGACUGGGAUCCCAGCUCAUUCCUGUCGGCACACAAACUCUCUGGCCUCUGGAACUCUCAGCACGCCCACGGGCCCCUGCAGGGCAGUUCGCUAGGGAGCCCUCCGGCCGCCCCCGCAGGUGACAGACACUCGAGCCUCCCCCUGGCUCCCGAGUGCGUCAACCAGUCUCCCGCUCCCGGCCCGAAGACCUGCCCCUUCAGCCACACGCUCCCUUCCCAAGCCGCUUCUGGCGGCGGGGCUGUGCCCGGCUCUCCUCUGCCUACCUCACUUGAGUUUUGCAAGACGCUGCCCAAGCAGUUCAAGAGCAUGUGCAGGCGGCCCACCCCUCCAGGCGAAGCCUUCCACUCCUCGGAACACCACCGGCACGCAGAUCUCGCCGCCCCUCCCAACAGCCCCACCGGCCACCCCCCUCCACCAGCACCGCUGGCCCCCGCUCAUCCCGGGCCCUUCGGCUCGCCACCCCACGGCCACCAGCCGCCCUCCUCCCCAGCCACGCCCUUCCCCACGCCCGUCCCCGGCCCUCACCCCCCGGUGCCCAAGGCAGCCGCCGAGUCCCCCACCGCCACAGCCACCGCUGCCGGCCCCCCGCACAGCCCGGCAUCAUGUAAGGGCCCUCACCUGCCCGCCGCCAACGUGCCGCCGCUUCUCAAGAUGACCCCACCGCUCUCAGGGUGCAACCACCCCUGCAAUGGGCACUGCAGCGGGACCCUGAUCCCCCAGCCCGCACCCUACCAGCUCCCUGGCACCAACAGUGGCAGGGACCCCGGCUGCAAGGGCCACAAGUUUACAAACGGUACAGGCUGCCACCCGCCACAGUCCUGCGAGGCAGACGAGGGGCUGGGAGAGGACGAGGACAGCAGCUCGGAACGCAGCUCCUGCACCUCCUCGUCCACCAACCAGAAAGAUGGGAAGUUCUGUGACUGCUGCUACUGUGAGUUCUUCGGCCACAACGCGCCCCCGGCGGCCCCGACGAGCCGGAACUACACCGAGAUCCGGGAGAAGCUGCGCUCUCGGCUGACCAAGCGGAAAGAGGAGCUGCCCCAGAAGGCGGGGCAGGCGGGCAGUGCCCCCGGGGAGCCGGCCGUGGACCAUCGGGACGUGGACGAGCUCCUGGACUACAUCAACAGCACCGAGCCCAAGCCCCUCAACAGCGCCAAGGCCGCCAAGCGGGCCCGCCACAAGCUGAAGAAGAAGGAGAAGGAGAAAGCCCAGAUGGAGGCGGAGGCCCAGCGCCAGACUGACUCCAGCAUCCCUGCUCCGGCCCCCGCUCCAGCCCCUGCUCCUGCGCCCGCUCCCGCCCCUUCGGGCCCCGAGGCCACCGAGGCCACCGAGCCCCCCGGGGAGAAGCUCCUGGAGUGGCCCCAGCUGGAGCUGGAGCGGGUCAACAGCUUCCUGACGAGCCGCCUGCAGGAGAUCAAGAACACCAUCAAGGACUCUAUCCGGGCCAGCUUCAGCGUCUACGACCUCAACCUGGACGUCAACGACUUCCCCAAGAAGGCGGCCGUCCUGGAGCAGAAGGCCCUGCUCUCCCACCUCAACGGCUCCUCCGACCUGCAGGAGAUCGGGCUGGACCUGUCCCCCUUGACUCUGGGCCCCCCCGGCAAGAGCCCCCCGGCCCCGCCCUCACCCGGGGAGCCGGGCCCGCCGCGGGGCGAGGGGGUACCCCCCGCCGGGGAGAAUGGGGUGGUGAGGCGGCUCAGUGCCGUGCCCAACCUCUCCCGUGUCAUCUGGGUCCAGUCCCCCAAGGCGUCCGACCCGGCUCCGGAUGGGCUCGGCCCCAGGGAGGCGGCCCCGGCGGACCGGCCGGAAGUUCCCGACCUCGGACCCGGACCCGGGAAGCCCAGGAAGAACAAGAGGCCCAACGGGCAGGCCAGAAGAGGGGAGGCCAGCCCUCUGUCCGGGCAGCAGGCCAAGGUGGAGACCCCCGGCGGGGCGAAGGGGCAGGGGCCGGGUGCCAGGCAGCCGCCCAAGCCCAGCCUGGCCCCAGAGCUCCCCAGGGGUGGGUGCUGCCCGGAACCUGCUGAGGCGGCCACCCGGGGAACCCGGCCGGGGCCCCCUUGGGCCUGCGGCCCACCGAAGGCCGAGAAGGAGAAAGGCGGCUUGUGGAGACCCCGGAAGAACGAGGCCCGGGGGGAGCCGGAGUCGGCGACGCCUUCGGGCGCCGGGGACCGGGCCCCGGCCAGCUUGGCGCCGGUGACGGCCUACCCCCAGACCAAGGGCAAGACCCGGAAGAGCCGCAGCAAGUCGGAGAAAUCCGCCACCGCCAUCGACGACGUGUUCCUGCCCAAGGACGUGGACGGGGUGGAGAUGGAUGAGACGGAUCGGGAGGUGGAGUACUUCAAGAGGUUCUGUCUGGACUCUGCUAAGCAGACGCGGCAGAAAGUGGCCGUCAACUGGACCAACUUCACCCUCAAGAAAACCACUUCCAGCGCAGCUCAGUGAGUUUUUGAUAAGUGGAGGAGGCCUCCCCUGACAGACCUGAGAGCCGGGAGCUUUGGCCCCCUUGUGUUGUACUCACACCGACCCUCCCACCAGGUGUGUAGAAGGACCAUGCUGGACCCAAUAAAGAACUUUUUAAUUUUUUAUUUUA